AGCAUCACUGUGUCUUGUCUAAAGGUGUGUUCUCGUUGGUAACACAAGGUGAUUUCAAUUGCAGAUUCAGUACCUCAAGACAGACUCUUAUGUGGAUUCCAGAUUCUUUUUUUUCCAGCUUGCUGAGUGGAAGAAUUUCAACACUUCGAGAUGAAACUGGCGCUAUAUUUAUUGAUAGGGACCCGGCAGCAUUCGCCCCCAUUUUAAAUUUUCUUCGGACAAAAGAACUCGACUUAAGGGGAGUGAGCAUUAGUGCUCUCAGACACGAGGCUGAGUUCUACGGGAUCACUCCUCUAGUGCGAAGGCUGCUGCUGUGUGAGGAGCUGGAGAGGUCGUCCUGUGGCAGUGUCCUGUUCCACGGCUACCUACCCCCACCAGGUAUUCCCAGCCGAAAAAUAACUAACACAGCUAGGUCCUCUGUGGAUGCUAGGAAUGGACUCAAUGCUAAUGCUACAGAAGACGAAGCCCGGGGAAGUGGGACCCCACCUGGGCUCUCUGGAAAUGGAGACGAGACUGUCAGGCUGGGGUUCCCCGUGGAUCCGAGAAAGGUGCUGAUAGUCGCUGGCCACCACAACUGGAUUGUAGCCGCCUACGCACAUUUCGCUGUGUGUUACAGAAUCAAAGAGUCUUCGGGAUGGCAGCAAGUGUUUACAAGCCCAUAUCUGGACUGGACCAUUGAAAGAGUGGCUUUAAAUGCAAAAGUGGUUGGAGGUCCUCAUGGAGACAAAGACAAAAUGGUGGCCGUGGCCUCAGAGAGCAGCAUCAUCCUGUGGAGCGUCCAGGACGGAGGAAGUGGAAGUGAAAUCGGUGUGUUCAGUCUUGGUGUUCCUGUAGAUGCCCUCUUCUUUAUUGGGAACCAGUUGGUGGCCACGAGUCACACAGGGAAAGUGGGAGUGUGGAAUGCAGUCACUCAACAUUGGCAGGUGCAGGAUGUUGUUCCAAUAACCAGUUACGACACUGCGGGCUCCUUCCUUCUCCUGGGAUGCAACAAUGGAUCGAUAUAUUACAUAGACAUGCAGAAGUUCCCAUUACGGAUGAAGGAUAAUGACCUCCUUGUCACUGAACUCUAUCACGACCCCUCGAAUGACGCCAUCACUGCGCUGAGUGUUUACCUCACCCCCAAAACAAGUGUCAGCGGAAACUGGAUUGAGAUAGCGUACGGUACAAGCUCUGGAGCCGUGAGAGUGAUUGUGCAGCACCCAGAGACAGUCGGGUCAGGGCCGCAGCUGUUCCAGACCUUCACAGUCCACCGAAGCCCUGUUACAAAGAUCAUGCUGUCCGAGAAGCACCUGGUGUCAGUGUGUGCCGACAACAACCAUGUCCGAACGUGGACAGUGACACGGUUCAGAGGAAUGAUCUCCACUCAGCCAGGCUCCACCCCUUUAGCGUCAUUCAAGAUCCUGUCCUUGGAGGAGACGGAAAGCCAUGGCAGCUAUUCCUCUGGAAAUGACAUAGGGCCUUUUGGAGAACGAGAUGAUCAACAAGUGUUUAUCCAGAAAGUUGUUCCCAUCACUAACAAGCUGUUUGUCAGGCUGUCGUCAACUGGAAAAAGGAUAUGUGAGAUCCAGGCUGUUGACUGCACCACUAUAUCGUCGUUCACCGUGAGAGAGUGUGAGGGCUCCAGCAGGAUGGGUUCUCGGCCGAGGCGCUAUUUGUUCACAGGCCACACAAAUGGCAGCAUCCAAAUGUGGGAUCUGACCACGGCUAUGGAUAUGGUCAACAAGAGUGAGGACAAGGAUGCCGGUGGCCCCACUGAGGAAGAGCUGCUCAAGCUGUUAGACCAGUGUGACCUGAGCACAUCGCGCUGUGCCACCCCCAACAUCAGUCCUGCCGCGUCUGUGCUUCAGCACAGCCGCCUCCGAGAGUCAAACUCCAGCCUUCAGCUCCAGCAUCAUGAGACCAUCCAUGAGGCAGCUACUUAUGGUGCCACGCGGCCUUACCGAGAGAGCCCUUUGUUAGCUAGAGCAAGGAGGACUGAGAGUUUCCACAGUUACAGGGACUUCCAGACUCUUAAUCUCAACAGAAACAUAGACAGAGUCCUUCCAGAAAAUGGUCACAUGGGUCCAACGCAGGCUGAAGUGAAAGGGGCAGCGGGGGAAUGCACUAUGUCUGAGAGGAAGUCCCCUGGGACAGAGCUCAGAUGUGUGAAAGAAUUGGAUGGUGGGUUAGAAGUCCAGAAAACAGCCGACGGGUUGUCAGAGUCCAAGAAAAGAUCCUCAGAGGAUGAGAUCGAGCAGAAAGUGGAGUUCCGCAAGAAAGGGUUUGAAGCAGGAGGAUUCCUCGGAAGAAAGAAGGUUCCCCACCUGGCAUCCUCACCAAGUACCUCUGAUGGAGGGACCGACUCUCCUGGUACGGCAUCCCCGUCUCCAACUAAGACCACUCCGUCACCUCGGCACAAAAAAAGUGAUUCCUCGGGCCAAGAGUACAGCUUGUGAACUCACCACAGUGCACAAUAAUUUUGAUAGAUUUACAUGAAGAACAAAAUUGCCUGGGUUUUAGUAAAUUGGCUUUUACAUCAAAACUUUAUAAGAUACAGCUUGACCUGGUUCAUGUUUUCUGGGCCGACUCUCCUGAGGCAGGAGCAGAGCACACUCUUCCAAGGGGGUGCAGUGGUGUGUCCCUCGACGGUGCACGUGACCCUACCCCUGCGGGCACAUGGGGUCUUCCCGUGUUGCCACCCCUCCUGUUUGUCGUCCCAGCGCCCUUAGAGCAUGUGAGGCAAUGAGUGGGCCCUUUUCCCAGGGCAGUUGCCCAGGGCUUGUCUUGCAGAGGUACUUAGCAGUAAGACUCUCCCCAGAAUGUGGCUCCCAACCCUUGUGAUUGCCAAGUGUUUACCUGAUGCCUGAUGAGGUGCUAUGUUGUGACAGUCUCAUGGAACUCAAAACACUAUUAUUGGACCCCAGGUUCCACUGUGCACUACAUCUUUAGGGUUUUUUUAUUUCAUUGUGGUCAUUUUCUCAUCCUUGUUGUUGGUGAUAAUGCAGCAUGCAUCACCAGUGUCUGAAGCCUGAAGUCUCCGUGCUGGACGAGGUAAAAUGUUAGCAAGAGGGGAGCGCGGGCUGUCCAGAAGGGCAGCCUUGCAUUUGCUGCCUGCCGCCCUGCUAUAGGAGCCACUGUGUUUCUGCAGGGUCUCACAGGACUGGAAUGGUAGAUUUGGAGUUAAAUGUUUCCACACGUAAAACUGUGUUCUGACUUUAUUUUAAACUCUGAGGGCAAAAGAAAAGCUCUUCUACAUUUUCUUCAUCUAAUCUGGAUGGUUUACACAUUUCUGCAAUGGAGAAAAUGUAAAUUUAAACCCACGAGCAUUUGCUAGUGAAUGAUGUGUAAUUCCCUCUCCCAGAAGUAUAAUGAAGUUGGAAAAAUUCUUUAAAAUUAACUAUAUUGUCAGUGGUUUCACAAAAAUUCCCUUGUAUUUAUUUGUCAAUUAAAUGGAAUGAGAAAGGCA